AUGGCGUCGCUCUCUGCUCGUCGACGGAGGCUUCGAGUGUCUGCGUGUCUGCUGCUCUCGCUCUCCUUGCUCUCCCUCGUCACAUCCACCGCCUCAGUUGAAGUCAAGCCAGAGAUGUUGAAGCACUUGGACGAGCACAAGCCCCACUGCGCCGACUUCCUGCAGCAUUGCGCAUGGAACUCCAGCACGUCUUCAUGCGAGUUCUCUGAUUCAAUUUCCUUCAUGUGCGGUCCUCGCGGAGCUGUUGAGGCUCCUGCAUCAAUACCCACAGGUUCAGGAUCUCUCCUGAGUGCUGCGGCAGUCUCUGCAUCGUCUUUCACAGGAUAUUCCGAUGGAGACGUAGGAGUCUCAGCUGUGGCAGGAUUCACAUGCCAUUGGGACGUGCCAGGAGACCUUCACUUUGCUCCAGGAGUGACGGUCGCAGUGGAAGGAGACGACUGCCUGCUGCACAUUGGCUCGGGUCAGAUGGUGCUCCUGGGUGCUAAAGCCACGUUGAAGGCGUCAUCGCUUAGUGUUGAGGCCUCGUUUGUGCAUCUAGAAGAGAAAGCUCAGAUCUCAGCGUCCUACAGUGGCGCGUUCCGUGAUGGCAAUGGGCUCUUUACAGGGACGGACGUGUUUGGUGCAAGUCAUGGAGGCGGAGGCGGCCAGAGACUCAUUGCUAAUGCUACCAUGCUCACAGAGCAGACAACGAGAGGGUUCUUUGAUGUACGAGGACGGACGGUUAAUGUGGAGCUUAUUGAAGAGAAGGAAGCGCUGUUAAAGCAAAGCAGCGCUGGAUGGCAGUUGGCUGACUUGUGGGCCAAGGAGAAGGCUUUGAUGGCGGACCCAGCAGUGAUGACGGCGUCCUCCGGAGCGUCAGGGGAUCCCAGUGCGACAAUCGCACCGUUUCUUCUCGGUAGUGGCAGUCGUGUGGUAGUUACUGGGAAUGGGUCUAGUAAUCACGUUGUUACGGUUGAUGGAGGAGGCCGAAUUCAGAUCAAAGCGUCAAAGGAUGUUGUGGUGAUGGCUGGUGCUACAAUCCAGGCCAACGGAGGGUCUGCGAUCGAUGAAGUUAGUGGAGGCUCGGGAGGUUCAGUGUAUAUUUCAGCGAAUGCGCUGUCAGUAAGUGGAAAGGUAGAGGCUAAGGGUGGAGACGCGUUCUGCACCGAUAACGCUGCAGCUAGAGGCAUUACGCACUGCUUCCCUGCAGGUGGCGGUGGUCGUGUACAGAUCUCGUUCAUGUCGAGUCAAUUGGAUACCAAUGCGAUUGAUACAACGGGUGGUACGUUGAACGCAGACCAAGUUAAGGAACUUCUAGCGAAGAAUCUACGCUUUCGUCAUGUACAGAUCUCAGCGCUGGCUGGAGCAGCGGGUACGUACUACCAGGUGGUCCAGCAUUCAGAUGGAGUACAUGAAGCCCAGCUUCUGGUUGAUAACGACAUGCAGCGUCUGUGGCCCACGGGUGUGCAAAGUGAAGACGGAGGAGCUGUUGAUAUUGAUGAAAUGGAUACAGUUAUUGGUGGUGCUGUUACCAGCUUGGACGUUGGAGAUGAUGAAGCAGAGAACAUUGAUGCUAUUACAAUCACUGACGGUGCGGUUGUCGCGACAGAAUGUCUUAAGCUAGCUGAGGGAGACCUGAAGGUGCUUAACGGCUCGUUUCUAUUGGACGCAUUACUGGUCGGACUGCCACAUCAGCUACCCGAUUCAAUCAGCGCUCACAGCAACAGCAAACCUCCUCUUCUACAGAUUCACGUGCGCGACAUGGUUGUCUCCAGUGCUGCACAGAUGAUCAUGCCCACCAGUGCUUUGCAGCUCUCUGCUCGCUCUGUAUUAAUGGACGCAACGACUGCUCUAGAGUUUACGUGGAGUGUGCAGAUCAUUACAAGCCAGAACAUCCACCUUGAUGCCAACAUAUCGAGCGCUCUGGAUCCUAUUAUUGCUGUUCCUGCGACAACAUCGUCAUCACCUUCGACUGCCAAGCUAUUGAAUAGUAAGAUGCUGGCCCUGGUAAGUGGUGGUGAUGUGUUUCUAAGUGGAGUGAUUGCUGUGGGUGCGCUCUCGGUAUCUUCCGAUUUCUCUAUCUCGAUUAACGGCCACCUCGAAGCGCUGAAUGAUCCCAGUAUCAAGUCAACCUUUCGCUCUUGUAAGGAACAGCAAUGGCUAUCACUUCAUUCGUUGAAGUCAGAUUUCGGGAAGGAAGAUACUCACGGGUCUGCGAAUGGUGGAGCAUCGAUACCAAAUAUUCCAUCUGCGUUGCCCAGCAUAAGCAACUUUACACUGGUUUUACACGCGCGUGAGUCGAUUUAUGUUGGUCAAUCAGAAGAAAAGAAGCAGCAAUUGGAGGACCUGCUUCAGGAAGACGACGAACUGCCUCCGCAACCGCUCGGUCAUGUACGUGGCGGCGCAGUCUUAGUAUGUGCUACUGACUCGGUGGAGAUUUCGCAUGGGUCUAUCCUAUCAGCGGAUGGAAUGGGGGAACUGGCUAACCAAGGCCCCGGAAUGGGUUCCUGCGUCGGCUCUAUCGGGGGAGGGGCUGGAUACGGCGGUCGCGGAGCUGACUCGAGCGUAAUAACCAAUACCGGCAACUACGCAUCUGGUGGUCUGCCUUACGGCACACGAUCCGGUACAGGUAUGCUUGGCUCGGGUGGUGGCUGUGUGGACGGCGGAAAUGGUGGCGGUAUCGUUAUGCUUGGUGCCUCGGGUCUUGUGCUUAAUGGUGAGAUUCACUGUAAUGGCGAUGGUGGGGCAAACGGUGCAGGAGGGGGUUCUGGAGGCUUUUUAGGACUCUCUGUUGCUCAAUAUCUGCGUGGACAUGGACACAUUAGUGCUGUUGGUGGUGGAUCUGAAUGUGCUGAGACUAUCGAGAAUCUUGUAAGCGAGUCGAAGUGGCAAGAACCAGCAUAUCUUAUCGGAAAGACGCAGGAUGAUGCCGCUGACGAACAAGCCGAGGCACAGGCACCGAGUUCGAAGGUUGUCCCUCGUCUCUGCGGUGGUGGUGGUGGUGGCGGCCGUCUGCAGCUCACAGGAUGCGAAUUGAGUACCUUUGAUCGCUGUACAAGAGACUUUGACGGCAACUACACAGUGGCAGGUGGUGCUACUUCGUACAAAUUAAUCAGUGGCGAUACUCCAGAACUUCCAGCUCCCACUCCGGCGUCGCCUGUUGCCCAAAAGUCCAUCGUUCCGGCUGGUGCGAGUGGAUCAUUUUUUGGCUUCCCUUGUCCUCCAGGCUCUGGUGGUCUUUUCUGCCGCAUGUGUCCAGUAGGAAAAUACAAGUCCGAGAGCAACAGCGCCGAGUGCGUUGUGUGCACUAACGCGCCAUCAAACGCGCAUUACAUCGGGGUCGGUGCCACCAGUGCACGCUGUGAUUGGGCAUGCGAUCCUGGUUACUCCGGUUACUACUGCGUCUCGCCUAUUCAGCAGUUGCUCGAUGCAUGUGGUGGAGAGUUUGGCUUUGCCCUUGUAUUAAUGAGCAUUGUGGCCUUCUUCAUCUUGCUUGGUUACGCCUGUCGGAACCGUAAGGAGCCAUCCUACACGCGUAUGUACAACAGUCGAGGAGCUAAAGGUGAGCGACAACACUUGCUGUCGUCUGCUGUGGCCAACUCACAACGUAGCUGGUUCGCGUCGCUGUUUCGCUGCUUCUACUGGCCUCGAGUUGGCUACCCGAAACUCAUGGAGCGUGACCUCCCAGAGCACAUGGCACGACUUUAUCUAGCUGGAUACAACGACCCAGACUCCCCACUCAAGCUCCGCACCACAGUCCCGCCAUCUUUGAAGAAAGUACUGUAUGAUGUUGAGUUUAAGAACUUGGCGGAUCGAAUCAACCGCGUCUUGGCGUGGCAACGUGGUCCGUGUUCGAGUUGGGGGAAGAUCGUGUACUUUCUGGUGGCAGUACUGUGCUAUCCAUUUGCGUCCGAGGUGAGACUCUUCCGACGUCAUAUCCGUGUGAACGAGCUCAAGCGGAUUGUGGCCAAGUACAACCAUGCAUGCAUGAAAGGCCCUCGAGCACGUGGUUUGCUUAAUGCAGUCAAGCUCGGCUAUUGCGCUGACUACUCGCUUGUCUACCUCGAGUUGCUGUACAAGGAGAGCUCCCAGUCCGUAUGCGUGCCUACGACCAAGAUCGGCAAGCCUUCACUACCCCUGGUACUGCUGUUUGCAGGCUGUGGAACGUACUUCUCGCCGUUCUACUUGGACCCGAAUGAUCUGCUUGUCCGCUCGAUCCCGCAAUGUCCCGAGUUGACGGCGUUUAUUGAUGAACCGUGGAUUGAAUUCGUUGCUGAAUUGAACGAACUGUUACGCGUGGUGCAGCGUGACGAGACUUCGCUUGUGGAAUCGCUUAUUCCUGUGGCUGUGUAUCUCGAGAAGCAGCGUGCAUUGUCAGCAAUGGGAAGCAACUCGAGCAAACUGGGAGGACUACGCAUCUAUCUCGGUCGAUUCUAUGUGCAGGACGAGCUGAAUAUGGGCGAGGAGUUCAAACUUGGCUUGUUCUUGACAACUGCAGAUGAAUCACUUGACAACGUCAGCAGCAACAAUAAUCUCCAGUCUCACCCGCAGCCCCCGCCGUCUUCUAGUCGAUACGGCUACGGCAGUGUCCACUCGAAAGAUACAAACUACUACAACAUUAACGACGUCUAUGGAUACGGGCGUGGGGACUCACUAGAUUACCCAGGCCCUCGCCGAAGUGACGGGAGCUUUGGUAACGACGCUAUGCUCUACGAUAUGGGCGGAUGGGGAACAGCUUUGAAUAAUCCCGGUUCUUCCUCGCGCGGAAGGAGUCGUAGUGCCAAUGCUUCUGGAAAUGGGAACACAUCUUCACAAAAUCCAGUGAGCAGUAUUCGAGAAGAGGCUCUGCGUAUUCGCUCUUCCAGUACACAGGGCGAAGGUUUGGGAAGCAAUGGGCACUCCGGACGCGGCGGAAAUACAGACGAUGUUCUGGUGCUAAUGGGUUCGACAACGAAGAAGAAGCACCAUGACAGUGCAGCAAAGCACACAUUCUAUGAAGGGUGGUUGGGCCCAGUAGACGCAUCGCUUCCUGUGCCCGGAGUAUUGAUUUGUGCCGACGAAUUGCGGGAACGUCUCGCCGAUCGAGCUCCUCGUCAGAUGCUUAUCUCGUUCCUUCGCUUCCACCUGCUGCCUCGCAAUCUACCACGCAGUAGUUCCCUCAACUUGGCGUGGAUGUUGAGCAUUUCGCUACUGACGCUCUUGAUGGUAGAUCUAGCCAUCACGUUCGCCAUCUUGGUGAACCUGAAGUGCGUCACUGACGGUGAAGUAGACCACGACUGCAGUGCUUCUAUCAUGGUACCGGUAUUACUGGUACCACCGCUUGCUCUCGUCGUGUCUCCUAUCAUGGGUAUCGUAUCGCUGGCACUUUCGUCUUCGACCUUCACGCGUCGAUUCUCGGUGUGGAACGCGAUGUCUAUGAUCAGUGUAGGGAUCGCCAUCUUGGCGUGUAUCGCGCAGUCUAGUCGACUUGUGGCUCCGUGGUUUGCAGGCCCGUUGCCUUUGCUUCCGGUGAUUGCCAUGGGCGUCAAGGCCGGUCAAGCGUAUCUGGUGGAGCGAUACAUCGCCUUUCAAGAGACUCAGCGUCGGCGUCGCGGCUGGCGCGGCAUCAUGAAGCGCCGACUGUCAGACGCCAGCAUCCCGACUGAAUCUCCUUACUCGUCACCUGCUCCCGGCCGAGCAGAAUUCCGCCUUGCUUCAACACCUACGAGCAGAGACGACCAAGGAUUUACAGGAUACGGGGCCUACAACUAA